UCACACUGGGGUCUGCAGACAGAGAUGUCAUGUGAAAACCCACAUGCUAUUCUUUCAAACUGUCGACCACUAUUAAGAAACACAGAUUUUCCGUACACAACGCCUGCUGGAAUGGUUUUACCCAGAAUCUAACAUUCUCCUGCAACUAUUGCUACUAAACUUGUGCUGAGGAUUCUGUAUUUUAAUGUUUAUGUUUCUAUCUUCAUGACUAAAUUGAGAAGAGAGUCGCCACCAUGCGAGCACAAAUUGAAGUGAUACCUUGCAAAAUCUGUGGAGAUAAAUCCUCUGGAAUUCAUUAUGGUGUUAUAACAUGUGAAGGCUGUAAGGGUUUCUUUCGGAGGAGUCAACAGAAUAAUGCCUCAUACUCCUGCCCACGACAGAGGAAUUGUUUAAUUGACAGAACAAAUAGAAACCGUUGCCAGCAUUGCCGACUGCAGAAGUGUCUUGCCCUCGGAAUGUCUCGAGAUGCUGUGAAAUUUGGAAGAAUGUCUAAGAAGCAGCGGGACAGCCUGUACGCAGAGGUGCAGAAACACCAGCAGAGGCUGCAGGAGCAGCUGCAGCAGCAGAACGGGGAAGCGGAGGCCCUGGCACGCGUCUACACCAGCAGCAUCAGCAAUGGCCUCAGCAACCUUAACAAUGAAAUCGGAGGCACUUAUUCCAAUGGACACAUAAUCGACCUGCCAAAAACAGAGGGGGGCAACCCCUACUACAGCGUUGAUUCCACUCAGCCCUCCCCGGAUCAGUCUGGAAUAGACAUGGUUGGAAUCAAGCAAAUCAAACAGGAGCCCAUUUAUGACCUGACGCCUGUACCAAACUUGUUUACAUACAGCUCCUUUACAGAUGGUCAGCUAGCCCCUGGAGUAACAAUGACCGAGUUAGAUCGAAUUGCACAGAAUAUUAUUAAGUCCCAUUUGGAGACAUGCCAGUACACUGUGGAGGAGCUGCAGCAGCUGGCAUGGCAGACGCACACAUAUGAAGACAUAAAAAUGUAUCAAAAUAAGACACGGGAAGUGUUAUGGCAGCAAUGUGCAAUCCAGAUCACACAUGCCAUUCAGUAUGUGGUAGAAUUUGCCAAGCGGAUAACAGGGUUUAUGGAUCUAUGUCAGAAUGAUCAAAUUCUUCUCCUUAAAUCAGGUUGUUUGGAAGUGGUGUUGGUGAGAAUGUGCCGUGCCUUCAAUCCACUGAACAACACUGUACUCUUCGAGGGAAAAUAUGGAGGAAUGCAGAUGUUUAAAGCACUAGGUUCAGAUGAUCUUGUCAGUGCAGCCUUUGACUUUGCAAAGAGUUUGUGCUCUCUUCAGCUUACCGAAGAGGAAAUCGCUUUGUUCUCAGCAGCUGUGCUGAUAUCACCAGAUCGACCCUGGCUGAUGGAACCCAGGAAAGUUCAAAAGCUGCAAGAGAAGAUUUACUUUGCACUACAGCAUGUGAUGCAGAAGAAUCACUUAGAUGAUGACACACUGGCAAAACUGAUUGCUAGGAUCCCAACAUUAUCAGCACUUUGUAAUCUACACACAGAGGAACUCCAGGCGUUUAAACAGUUACACCCUGAAACCGUCAACAUGCUCUUUCCUCCCCUGUACAAGGAACUCUUUAACCCGGACUCUUCAGCGUGCUCCAAGUGAAACAGCGCUCCACUACAGCCACUGGAGUGAAACACUUGUUACUGAUAAAGCAAUCUGUGAAUGGAGACUGAAAAUAAUCACUACUGCAACACUAGGAAUGUCCCGCACUCAGUACAGUUUUAUUCACCGAUACAGUUUAAAGAAUGUAAAUAUGCACCUAUUAAAAGGGGCUUUUCAUAACUGACCAGAAAUGUACAGACUUAGAACACGGUAUGUUAUCUUAUCUCUGGGUAACUUAUUUUAGAUUUUUUUGGUUUAUUUGGGGGUGUGUGUGCAGGGGAGGUUGGAGAAUCUGUUGGUAAGUUUUGAAAGAGUAAUUCUUACAAAAGUUAUAUUGUAGCUGUACCAUAGAGCAGAGCGUACAGUAUUAAUACCUGUUCUGAUCAUUGUUUAGAUGUAAUUUAAGAGAACAUUUGCCUGUGAGGCUAAUAAUUGGUUUUAUGUUUUUAGUUUAGUUUUACAUGUACAGAAUUUGUAAAAAUGAAACAGGAUUUGUAAGACAUUUGUGAUAUAUUGGGAACAAAAUAAUUAGGUUGGUUAAAAUUUAAUAUAAGCCUUGUCUGGAUUAUUUAUAAUUUUUUUAUGAAAAGAAGGUGUGAUAUUUCAAGUUUCAUAGACUACUGCAGACCUCUAAUGAACUAGAUUAAUUGCUAGUUUUUCCAUAUGAAGAAAUAUUUUUUGUGAAAAAAGGACAAACAGACAUACUUUAAAUAGCCCGUGUAAAUGCAUUGUCAACAACGACCGGACUGCUUUAGCAGAAAUACUACCGUAUUUUGGUAGAUAGCUCGGCCUGAGAGGUUUCCAUUCUAACUACUGCACUACAACCCUAGCUUUACACCACUUGGUAUGUCUGGGAAUUUUGCUUUAUUUUUCCUUGCCUCAGACCACAGUGUUGAAGACACUUUUGCACAUUUGGCCUACACAUGUUAUCAACUGAAGACAAAUGAAGGCUCAUGAACAGCAAUAAUUAUUAAGCUACCAUAUCCCAAAAAACUAUAGGGUCAUAGUAGUUUUUAUUUUAGUGAGCAUGAUAUGGCAGAUGUAUUGCCAAACAAAUUGCUGUAUUACAAACUUUUUUGCAAAAGGUAUAUUUGAGGAGCACAUGAAAGCUUUCAAAUUGAUAUUUUGGCUGUAUAUUUUGUAAGAAAGCAGCCUCCAAAUUCAGCUUUGUUUCAGUCUCCUUUAAAACAGUGUUUAAAUAACAUUUAAUUUCCUCUCAAUUCUAGUUUAUUUUCCUGUGCAUUCACAUUCAAUGGUUAUUGGCUACACGUUUUCUGGCCUUUAGCUUAAUGAAGAUCUUUAGCUAAUUGUGUAUACAAAAAGUCAUAAGUGGCCAAUGCAUAUCAGUGUCUCCGUGUUUCUUGUGUAACCUGACUAGGCUGCUAACUCACUCAUCACCCAGAACAAGCAAUAUACAGUACAUGGAUGUAUCUGAUAUCAUUGAUAGUUUAACCAUGGUAUGUGAUAACAUGAUUUAUCAGAAUACCUUUUUAUUCAAAAACGGUUUGUAUCGCUAACUUAUUGCUUUAGAACAGUUGUAUUAUGGGAUGGGGAGUAUUCAGAUCUUAGAUUUCUGCAAUACCUUGUGUAGUAUCUUUACUAGCAUUGUUAUCCAAGUUUAUUUGGUAACGUUUACUUUUGUAGUAGCAAAAGUCACUCCCCUUAGCUUAACAAAGACAUGAAUAAAGUUCAGAAUGUCAUGUAAAGGAACUGUUAGCGAUUCUCAUGCUAGGGCAGGGUAAUGAAAGUCAUUCCACUGAAGCGCUGGUUAUGUCCGGAUGCAUUUGUUUUUGUUUGUUUGUUUGUUUUUAGGGGUUAUUUUAUAGUAAGUUUGUGAUAGACAAUCACUUAGUGUGUGUACUUGGUAAUGUUUCUGAGUUUCACAGCACAUUUGUUCAAAAGUCUAUUUUCUGUUUAAAUGUAAUAUAAAUAAAUAAAUAAAUAAUGUGCCCAUUUAUAAUAAUUCAUUUUGCUUGCUAUGUUUGUUUCUUUGUUGCUUCUCCUUUGUUGUUGUAUUGACUGCUCAGGGAAUGAUUAAGCUAUAUUGUCAGCACACUAGCUCUGAUAAUCUGGUUUGAAUUCACCAAUUUUUGAGAACUAGUUAUUUAUUGGAUGGAGUCAGUGGUACAAUAUUAAGAAAGUGUUUAGUGUGCAUGAGAAGAUACAUUGAAUACAAGAUACAGUUAUUACUCAUGAAUGAGUAUCUGAAGUUGUUUUACAAAACUGGUGGCCAUUUUAGUCAAAAUUCCAACUGAAGAUCACUGAAGAUUACAAAUACUGUAUCUGGUUUGUCCCAGUGGUUGGCAUUUUAUAUUCUUGUUUCCUCCACCAGAUGGCAGCAUGAUAAAAGCCAUGAUUAAUAUCCAACAGUAAUUCACACAACACAAAAAAAACAAUAUUUGUUCCUGUAAUUUUGCAUUACUGUUGGUGGGGGGAAAAAUAAAAAGAACUGACACACUAACAAAACAACAUAAUGUUUGGUUUCCAAAGCCUACCUAGGCGUUCCAUCCUAGUUUGUAUACAUACAGUGUACUUUGUUUCACUCAGAAAUUCAAGUAAUUACACCCUGGCGUAAACAGUUUUAAGAGAGCAAACUUUUCAGUCUUUUUGUUUAUGCAACUGCAUGUCAACAUUUGUAGUGAAAGUAAAAUAUGUUUUAUUUUGAUUUGUGGUGUUAUUUAUUUAUUAUGUAUUUAAAAUGGGUGUUUUACCACAUGUGCUGUUUUGCUUGCAAGCAUGUGCUCAAAUGGAAUUGAUACAGGUCAAAGUCAAUAAAAAUGUAUUUUUGAAAUGGCCACUAAAAGUGACCUUGGAAUUCUUGAGGGGUCUCUUACUGUAUUCAACAAAAUGUUGAUUGUACAGCUAUGGCCAAAAGUUUUGCAUCCCUCCUAUAAAAUUAACACAUUUUACU